AUGACGCCAGCACAGUGGGAAACCACUGUCCGACGGAUGGUUACAGAGAAAGGCGCAGAGAUCAAUGCAGAAGCACAGUCCCAAAUUAUCGCGUAUCUGACAUCGGCGGCGAGAGCCAGUGGUGGGUUAACCGCUCAGUUGUCAAUCGCAUCGGAUGCCCCUAUCGGGAUGCGCGAAAUUCGGGUCGUUGGUAAGCACGGCACCUCCACGGCGUGGCCCUUUGAGGUUAGCCAGACCCCUGAUGUCCUUGAAACAGAGUCGAAUAACACUCCAGAAACCGCUGCUAUUAUUGAGUUGCCGAGUCUCAUCAACGGGCUGAUUAAUCCCGGUGGAGAUGAAGAUUAUUACGUUUUUGAAGGAGCGAAGGGACAACGGUGUGUGUUCAGUGUUAACGCGUAUCGUCUCAAUAACAUUAGCCAGCAAUUCUUCAAUCCCACUCUCUCUCUUUUCGAUGCAAAGGGGGUUGAAUUGGCACGGAGUAACGGAUUCUACAGUUUAGAUCCACUUCUUGAUAUUACACUGCCUGCCGACGCGUUUUAUGUGUUGCGUAUCCGAGAUUUGUUGCAUCGCGGCAAUCCGGAUUCCGUUUAUCGCUUAACAGGCGGCGUUCUUCCUUACAAUACCUAUCUUUUUCCCGCCGGUGGCACGCUCCCUAACGGAGAUCGCUUCUCGAAAGAGGAAGCUGAACGCUUCUACGGACCGCCCACGCCUCCCGAAGCCAAUAUUGUUCAGUGUGUUAUUGGAGGCGAGAAUCUUCCGCAAACCGAAUGGCAGAUUGGAUUGACUGCAGAUGAACAGCCAGGACUCAAGCAGAUUCGCACACCCUACGGCAUUUUUCCCUUCAUCGUCAACGCUCACUCGGAAGCCGUCGAAGAAAGGACGGCAAUUCAGUCCGCGCAAGAAACGGAAUCCAAAGUGCCCAGCCUGAAACAAAGUGGAAAGCGGAUAUUAAGAAAGGCAGGUCAAGUCCAAAACACCAAAAACCAAGCCCGAAAUGAAAUGGAGGGCGACUCGAACGCGGAAAGCACUAACAUACAAGCCACUGGCACUUAUCCGCAAGGUAUAAUUGAAAAAUUUGAAACGAAGUGUGCGGCGUGCCAUGAGCUCCGUUCACCAAGCAAUCGAGCACUCUCUACCGAGGAAUGGGAACGCACCAUUACACGGAUGUCGAAUAAGGAGAACGCCGACAUCACACCCACCGAGCGCGACCGUAUCAUCGCUUUCGUUGCCCAAGAAGCGCAACGUUUAGCCGGGCUCAUCGCACGCCAACUUGAACGCGCACAGCACCUCACAACCCCGGGCGCACUCAGCGGACGCAUCUCAGAACCCGGUGAGGUGGACUACUACCGACUUACCAUUUCGGAAGGAACAACUCUCGGUCCAUGGUGGGUGAUUUUUCCGUUUGGUAACGUUGAUGAGAGCGGGUUUGAUACCGUCUAUCCCCCUGAAACUGAGAUAGAUUUCAAUAAGGAAUACAUCGGCAAAGAGGGGCGAAAGAUCGGGUGGUAUAAAACCGAUAGUAGAGGCGAAAAUGUCUUCUCAAAUGUUCCUGAAGACGAUGUCACAGGCUAUGCCUUAACCUACCUCGAAUCUGACCGGGACCAGAACUAUCUCUUAUCCCUCGGUUCUGACGAUACGAUCAAGAUAUGGGUGAACGACCAGCUUGUUUUUAGCAAAUACGUCCACCGACCGCUCCGUCGUGCCGAUGAUGUUAUCCAGCUGCCAGUCUCUAAGGGCAGAAACAAGAUUCUGGUAAAAGUUACGAAUGGGUACGGACCGUGGGGAUUUUUCGCAGAUAUAGGGGGUUAUUCGUUGAGUGUCUCCGCAGAACGUCUCAAUUCGCCACUGAGUCCCUCACUCACCUUACUCAAUGCCCGUGGCGAGGUGUUGGCAAAUAAUGCUGGGGUCGGCGGAAGACGCAACGCUAUCAUUGAUUACAGUUUCAAUGAACCCGGUGUAUAUGCUGUUCGCAUCGAGGAUAUCGCUGGCAAUGGCGGACCAGGGUACGUUUAUCAUUUAGAUGCCCGUCCGACAACCCCGGAUUUCGCUAUCUCCGUAACACCUGACAACCCGAAUAUCGGGCGUGGUGGAACUGCCCUAUUGGAGGUGACCCUGCAACGCCGCGUUGGGUUUACAGAACCGAUACGACUCUAUGUUGAAAACUUGUCACCCGACAUUACUGCCAGCGAGAGCGCAAUUCUCUCCGGUACGGGUGUGACACAGGGAUACAUAACCCUUACCGCUACUCCCGAUGCCGAGUUGACGUAUCGGGUUGUUCAAGUUGUUGGUGCGGUCACUACUGCCACUGGUAAUGAAUACCGUCGCGUCGCGGCGCCCGUUGAGGUCUAUCGCAUUCAAAACAAUGACCAAACUGUCCAACGGAAAAACGUUGUGGUCAGUGUUACGGAGACCGCACCCAUCGUGUUAUCAACGGGAUUGGAGGAGGUCGUGGUAACCCCCGAUGCACCGGUUGACAUCACCGUCAAGGUUGAACGGCAGAGCGGCAAUAAGCAAAAUCUGAACCUCACUGCUGUCGGUCUACCCUUUGGUGUGCGGCUCCAACGGCGAACGACUGUGCUCCAAAAAAAUAAAACCGAAGCCAUCUUGACGUUUAUGCCGAAUAUUAUUACCACCGGCACCACCGGCAAUCAGUUACGCCGUAACCCCUUCAUCGGUGCGCAGCAGACGCUUCCGUAUAUCGUUGUCAUUAACGCCUCGGUCGGCCAACGGAUUGUGGCGAGCAGUCCUGCCAUCAAACUCUGGCUUGGAGCCCCCGGAAAUACGAGUCAAGAUGCGCUACUGGGUGGAAAUUAA